UAAAAAAACAUUUAACUACUCAAAAUGUGUUUGCAAUUAUUCUACGUAAACUAAAUUUAAUCGUAUUUUCGUCCUCAGUAUAUUUAUAUUCCGCGCAUUUAUGUACUUACUUGUCGCUUUUAAAUCGGUACUGGCUACUGUUCACAAACAGACAGCACCAGCAUCAACAUCAGCAGAGCAUGGAGAAUAGAAAAACACAGUCAUCGUUUUCAUGAGAUUAGAUUAGGCUUAGUAGUUGAUGGUGACAUUCGCCGGACAAGUUCAGCCCAAACAUGACAGUUUUUUAAAAUAACUCCAUAUAUACUGAAUAUGGAAGUAAAAAGAAAAUACUCAACGAAAGUACAAUAUUUCUUCGGUUUAUAAGAGCUUAAUACCAAUAUCCAACCCACCCGCAAACACUCCUGCAGUCCAAUAUUUACACGUAACAAUAUUUUUUACAAAAUAAAAUGUCAACUGUAAACACACCACGUCAAGGUCGUUGGUACUUUGGUGGCAUAGCCAGUGCUGGUGCCGCCUGCUGUACACAUCCACUGGAUUUAAUUAAGGUGACAUUGCAGACACAACAAGGCAAAUUAUCUGUGUUGCAGUUAACAGUAAAAGUUGUGCGCGAGCAGGGCGUUUUGGCACUGUAUAAUGGUUUGUCUGCUUCCGUCCUACGUCAGAUGACGUACUCUAUGACGCGUUUUGGUAUUUAUGAGGCUGGUAAGAAACAAAUUAACACCGAUACAUUCCUCGGCAAAAUUACACUUGCUGGUUUGGCCGGCACCGCAGGCGGUAUUGUUGGCACGCCGGCGGAUAUGGUGAAUGUGCGUAUGCAAAACGAUGUCAAAUUGCCAGCAGAUCAGCGUAGAAACUACAAAAAUGCCUUCGAUGGUUUGAUUAAAGUGUACCGACACGAGGGUUUUACACGUUUGUUUUCUGGCGCCACCACUGCCACUGGCAGAGGAGUUUUAAUGACAAUUGGCCAAAUAGCAUUUUAUGAUCAAAUUAAAACAAUGCUGAUUUCUACACCCUAUUUUGGAGAUGAUUUAGCAACGCAUUUCUCUGCUUCUUUGGCUGCCGGCGCAAUUGCGACAACUUUAACUCAACCAUUGGACGUACUGAAGACACGUUCCAUGAACGCUAAACCGGGUGAAUUUAAGGGCUUAUGGGAUAUUGUCAAAUAUACAGCACGUUUGGGACCACUUGGUUUCUUUAAAGGCUACAUACCGGCGUUUGUACGUUUAGGUCCACAUACAAUUAUUACAUUCGUGUUCUUGGAACAAUUACGUUUGAAUUUUGGCGUUUUGCCAAAAGUAGAGGCUCCCGUGGCAGUUGCACAAUAAAACACACAAUAAAUGAAAUGGACGCACAUACACACACAUGUACAUGGAUAGAUUGAUACAUCACUAUGCUGCUAGGCACAAGCAGAACAAAAACAAAAACAAAAACAAAAAAGUAACUCAACAAAUUUAUAGAAAAAGAAAUUAAACUAAAAAUGCUUUGUCAGCAACUAUUGAUGUAUUGUGCACUAAAUGCAUAUAUUUUUCAAACAUAUACACUAUUUUAAGUUGGACAAAAUGCAAUAAGUGUCAGUUAGUUCAUGGUCAUUGUACACUUAUAUAUGUAUGUAUGUAUACAGAUACAUUACUUAUAAGUAUAUAAAACUAUAAUUGUGCAUUUAGAAUGCAUACUGGUUUAUUGCAUGUUAAUAAGAAAUUUUUGGAAACUUUUACAGUCGCUUAACUGCAAUGAUAGUACAUAAAAAUACAAAAUAAGCCAUAGUAAAAAUAUAUAUUUUUUUGUUAUUGUUAUUAUAGCUACCAACAGUAACAUUUUCCAAAAUUAUCUCUUAUGCUAAAUAUAAAAUCCUAGAAAGAUUUAUGGGAGGCAAAUAUUUCUUGCUCAUUUUUGUUUUUUUGUUUUUAUCAAACCUAACCCAUGUUCGUCGUUGGUGGCGGCUAUAAGACGCUUGUGUGAAUUGUUAUUAUGAAUUCGAAUGCAACAUACAUACAUAUGUACAUAUAUACAUACAUAUAUUGUUAUUACAUCCAAUCUAAUUCUUAAAUGUUAUGCAUUAAAAGCAAAGGCUAUCAGUAACUGACAUUCCUAUUCAUCUACAUACGUUCAUAUGUAUAAAUAAAUACUAUUGUAUUUGCAAAUAUAGUACUAGUAUGUACAAUAAUAUAUCGGUGUAUUACUCUUUAAGUGCAAAUGCUUGCAAAAGUAAAACAAAAAUAAAAUGUUAGCCAAAUUAAUCGAUUAAAAAUGCAUGCUUGAUCGCACAUUAGGCACAAAUUGUUAACAACAUAUUUUUCCCAUUAAAUAAUAAAAGCUAAAUAAAUAA